AUAUGCGCAAUGCUCUUCCUACGCGAUCACUACAUCGAGUUCCAACACGUCCGCGGCUCCUCCAUGUCCCCCACUCUCAGUCCCAAUGCACACGAGACAGGCCGGGAAGACUACGUCCUCGUGCGCCCAUACCUCGAGCGCUCCAGACGCGGAGCGAAGAGCGAGCAAAACGACAACAACGAAUGGGGCGUGAAGCGCGGCGACGUAGUGACAUUCUGGAAACCGCACAAGCCCUCCGAGAUGGGUAUCAAACGCAUAGUAGCGAUCGAAGGCGACACCGUAUAUCCCAUUCGCGGCUACGCCCUCGAUUCUGCGGCGCAUGCGGCUAGGGUGCAAGGCUCGCCGGAUGGGCUUGCGGAUUAUGACCCGGACUCUGUUGUUCCUGAGGAGCAGCAGCGGGAGCUUGGGAAGGUGGUGGUGCCGUAUGGGCAUGUGUGGAUUGAAGGUGAUAAUUGGCGGAAGAGUCUUGAUAGUAAUGACUUUGGGCCGAUUAGCAAAGGGCUGAUUCAGGGAAAGGCGGUUAAGGUUUGGAGAGACUGGUUUGGGCUGUUGGAUGUGGGGGAUGAGAGGAAGAGGGGGGAAAGGGGGAUGAGAAGUCGGGUUGUAGAGGGACGAAGUGAGAUUCCUGCUGUGUUCUUGGAGUGAGUGGCAGGAGGAGUUGUGGAUUUGGAGAUACGGGGUAUAUGGUUCUAGGUGUGUAUUAUGGAUUACUUCCUUCAUGCUACUCAUGCUUUCAGGAGCCUCUCGACUUCGGCGCACAUAGCAUCAGUCACACCUUCGGUGGUCUCAUUCCCACCAAGGUCCGUGGUCUUUAUACCACGUCCAGUGACGUUUUCGAUAGCCUUGAUCAGUACAUCGGCUGCCUUGUCCUCGUCAAUCCAUCGCACCAUCUCGGCAGCACU